CCGAUUUGACUCGCCACCGCCACUGCCACCGCCUCCGCCGCUACAAAACGGUGGCGCUACCUCUCCGCACCACUUUUCAGCACCAGCUUAUUAUAUACUCGGCGGCAGCUCAGGAAGAAUGUCUCUUUCUAAACGAGUUUCCUUAGCUCCCCAAUCACCGGCACAGCCUCAACAAGAUCUCAAGCACCGAGUGAUCACGUGCCUCAACAAGCUCUCUGACCGGGAUACGCUUGCCGUCGCUGCGGCGGAGCUAGAAUCCAUCGCUCUCAGCCUCAAUCAUGACUCCUUUGCGCCGUUCCUCACUUACCUCUCCGCCACGUCGUCGUCUGACAAGUCUCCGGUACGGAGGCAAUGCGUCCGUAUCUUAGGAGUUCUCUCGGUUACUCACGGUGAUGCUCUCUCACCUCACAUUUUUAAAAUGCUAUCUGCCGUAGUUCGCCGUCUCCGCGACCCUGACUCCGCUGUCCGGUCUGCCUGUGUCGGAGCUGUGUCCUCCAUUGCAUCGGAAAUCACUAAACCGUCCUUCUCUUCGUUGUCGAAACCGUUGGUGGAAGCUGUUCUGACAGAACAGGAUCAGAACUCUCAGAUCGGUUCCGCUUUGUGUCUGUCGGCAGCGAUAGAGGCGUCGCCGGAUCCUGAACCGGCGCAGUUGCAAAAGCUAUUGCCUAGGGUUUUGAAAUUGAUUAAAUCCGAUAGCUUUAAAGCUAAACCGGCAUUGUUAUCGGUUAUCGGCAGCAUUGCUGGAGCUGGUGGCGCGGCUUUUAACCGGAAUUCUCUAAAUUCCUUGAUUCCGUGCUUGGUUGACUUUCUGAGUAGUGACGAUUGGGCGGCUAGGAAGGCGGCAGUUGAGGCGUUGGGAAGGUUGGCGGUUGCGGAGAAACUUCAAUUGACGGCAUUCAGGUCUUCGUGUCUUGCGUCUCUAGAGAAUAAGAGAUUUGAUAAGGUGAAGGUAGUCCGUGAGUCGAUGAACCGGGCACUAGAAUUGUGGAAGGAGAUUCCAGGGCACCUAGAUGAGGUCCCUGUUUCACCUCAAUUGGAUGACAUUUCAUCUUCUAAAGAUAACGGCGUUGGGAGAUCCCCAGCUAUUUGCCCAAACAGUCCUCCUGCUGCUGCUUUGGAGACUACAUCAAAGGAAAAAGUUCCCAGUAGUAUGUAUUCUCCAAUUCAACGUUCAUCUCCGACUACAACACAAAGUAGAAGUCCUUCAAAGAACAACUACAGGAAACAGAGUGCUUUAAUUGCCAGAAAGAUGGAUUUUGACAAAGAAACUGAUUCGAAGGUUAAUGUUCCUGUACCCAAGCCUGCAGCUGUAGAGGUAGAUUAUAAAGAAAGUUUUGUGAGGGAAAAGUUGGAGGCUCCUGAUACAGUGGAUACUGACAAAAGGGUCAUUUUAGAAAUGGAAAAAAGAGUCACAGAACAGGUAAUAUCUAAUAAAACAAGAGAUGGCAACUUUGGGAAACUGGAUGGUUUAAGAUUUGGUUCUCGUGUGGUUCCAUUUAUUGACGACUGUGAGUUGGACAUGGACAUAAACGGCAAUGCAAUUGAAUAUGUUUAUGGGAACCAGAAAGAGGUUGAGGAUUUAUCUCUGAUCCAAAAACAGCUUCUUCAGAUUGAAAACCAGCAAUCAAAUCUCUUAAAUCUUUUACAGAAAUUCAUGGGAAGUUCUCGUAGUGGGAUGAAUUCUUUGGAGACGCGAGUGAACGGCCUAGAGAAGGCAUUGGAUGAGAUCUCAUAUGAUUUGGCUAUAUCAACUGGAAGAGUUUCAAGUAACGACUCUUGUUGCAUGGGUACUGAAUUUCUGAGUCCUAAAUUUUGGUGGAGAACAGAAGGGCAAUAUCCUAGUCCAAGAUCACCUUUCCGUGGGAGUCACCAAUCAAACUCUGAUCGAUGUUUACCAAAUAAAGACUUCAAUUCCAACAUAACUAAUCUGGGUAGUCCAACAGCGAACAAGAUUGGUUCAGGCAGGGUUGGAAAUCCAGGUAGAAGCUUAGAAUCAUUAUUGAGUGCUAGAAAGAAGAAAGCUGCGCAGGUCCAAUAUCAUAACAAUGACAGGUUUGAUAGAGGCAAUUUGGCCAAUUACAUGCAGCAAAGAAUCUAAAUACAGGUCUAUCUACGCUCGUAGCAGUUCAUUUUAUCAUAUACCACGAGUCAUCCACACUUGAAAGUUGAAAGAACAAACUCGACAUCAUUUCCCGAAGUUUUUGUUAAUUUUAGCAGGAUGCAUCCCCUGCUACACUUAUGAUAUGCCAAAUAAUAUCGAAAGUUGUUCAUUUCAGGUAUGUUAUACACGUUAGGUUCCAUCUCGCAUGGUCAUUUGAGAUUAAGUACAGAGAAUCCCCCCUUCCCCCCUUCUUUUCUUUUUCCCAAUAUACACGGCUUUUGGCUAUUGUGUACAUGAUUCAGGCGUUCACAACGUUAAGCUUAUAUUGUUUCGGGGGUUCUGCUUGUGUGCCAAAAAUGCAAAUGGAAAGUGAAAACUUUACCCCCGAUUGUUACAGUGUGCUGUUUUCCUAUUGCUUAUCUGGUCAGGUAAGCUGCAUGAAAGAAAAAAGUAUUUUAUGUCUUUUUCGUA